AUGGACAGUUACUUUAAAGCUGCAGUCUGUGACUUGGACAAACUGCUUGAUGAAUUUGAACAGAAUACAGAUGAAUAUGACUGCUACAGAACACCUCAAAAUUCCUAUGAGUCAAAUUCGCUUUCUUCAGUUCUGGAUUGCUUACAACACGUAUACCCAACACCAAAACAGCAAGAGGAUGCCAACAAUUGUACUUCAUCAAAAGAAAUCUCUCAAGCUAGCUACACUGGAACGAGGGAAGUGCUUCUGAGUUACUCACCACAAAAUGAGAAGAAUGUUGCUGGACCUGAUCUCUUGUCCACUGUGGACAGUGGUUCCUUGAAUGAAACUCAGGCUACAGAUGUGGGGAGAUGUAGUAUACCUGUGUGUGAUCUUGUUAAUGACACAGGUAACUUAAUCCAUGCAGCAGCUGCUCAUGAGGAUACUCAAAAGUUGCAGCCAGAUAAUUUCCAGUACAGUGACAGUUUGAUUGGCUUUGGCACAUCUUACAUACCUGUUCCUACCUGUGUGUCAUCAGCAGGUUGCAGCGGUGUUUCGAGUACAGAGCAGAGCGAUGGCAACUCAAUGCUGCAAGAUUCAAGACAUCUUAAAAUGGAGGAGAUUAAUAAUUUACAUUUAAAAUCAGACAGUUAUGCUACAGCGAAGAUCUCUGAUCCAUGUGAUGAUCAACACAGGACAGAAUCUAUAAAGUAUAGUGAAGUAUUUGAUCAGCUUGAACAAACAGCUUGCCUUAAUAUUACGUGUGUCCCUGUAACAUCACAGAUUUCAAAUGCAUACUGUCCCAAAGAUGAGAAAGCAUCUGAAAAAUUGACUUGUGAACCACACAAUGAAAGUGCAUGUUCUGCAGUAAGCAAAGAGAUGUAUGGAAGAAAUGCAACAGAAAAAGUCGGCUCAAAGGAUGAUAGUAAUGUUGAAUCCAUGCCUUCAGAUCUGCCAAAGAGGCCUCAAUUGCACAAAAGCCAUGCAGCAUUACCUGGAAAGUGUGUUUUACCAGGUUCUUCAUGUCAAACAGGAGCUAAAGUAGAAUUGGAAGAGACAGUCUCAGAAGAGAAUGUACAUAGUGAAGAACUUAAUAACAAUGAAAUACUGAACAGUGUUUCAACUUCACGUAUUACAGUUGAGGAUGUUCAGACCUCACUGUCAUGUCUUCCUGUAUCUAUCUGUGGUUCAUUAGCUGUAACAGAAGAAAAACUUAAUCCUCUACCUCAAAAUGAAAUGGUGGAGGUUAUUAGUGAUACUUUAACUGUUCAUGCUGGAAAGUCUAAAACUGAUCUGUCCAGUAGGGAAUCCUGUGAAAACGUUGACUUGCAUGGACAGGAAGGAUAUAUAGCUAAAAUCAAUGAAAGUAUUGUGGAAAAAAGUACAGAUGGCGAGAAGUAUGAUACUGAGAAUGUAAUUGGUGACAGUGAUUCUCAGCAAAUCAAAGCUUUUGCUUCUGCUUUUCUAGAAUAUGAAGCUGAGCCAUAUGGUUGUGAUACAGACUCUUAUUACAAUGAAAGCAUGAGCCCAGUUAUGGCUGACUUUUCUGUUGAGGAGAAUGUUAUUAAAAGUGAUACUCUAAUAAGUGAUGCUGAGCUUGAUGAUUUCUUGUAUGGACAAAGUCUUCAGUCCAAUGUGUUGAAGUCUUCAGAUAAUGAUAGUAACUUAACAGAAGCUGAUGCAGAUGAAGGGAAUUUAACAAAUGUGAACAACCUGGAUUUUACAGAGAUCACUGAAGAACAUACGCAAGCAAAACUGGAGGAGAUAACUAGCAUUAAUAGUAAAGUAUCUCUUACUGCCAAUGAGUCAGAAUCUGCAACAGAAGAGAAUAUGUCUCUUAGUCAAAACAGGACUGAGAGUGGUAAUGAAGCACUAGUUUCUAAUGUUUGUGUUGAAGUUGUAAGACCAAAGCAGUUUCUUCGCCUUUCCCAAGAAGAUGUUCAGAGACACCUGAAUAGAACAGAUACAUUUGAGAGACAAAACCAGGAAGAGAGUUCUGCUACUCCAGUAGCUCUCUCAGGGAAACAACCAUUGUGGGUUCCUGAUUCAGAGGCACCAAACUGCAUGAACUGCCAAGUCAAGUUCACGUUUACAAAAAGACGUCACCACUGUCGUGCAUGUGGAAAGGUGUUUUGUGGUGGUUGUUGCAGGCGGAAGUGCAAACUACAAUACAUGGAAAAGGAAGCAAGAGUCUGUACUGGCUGUUAUGAUGAUAUUAAUAAAGCACAGGCAUUUGAAAGGAUGAUGAGUCCCACUGGUCCUGUCCCCAGUUCCAAUGUCUCAUCUGAGCAUUGUGCUAGUCCACCUCUGGAGACAGCCCUCAUAUCUGGUGAUGCUAGCUCUCCUUCAGAUUCUGCAUCGUUACCUGUCUCAGUACUUAAACAACCUGGUAUUGAAGGACUGUGCCCCAAAGAACAGAGGAGAGUCUGGUUUGCAGAUGGUAUUUUGCCAAAUGGUGAAGUGGCAGAUACAGCGAAACUUUCAUCUGGAGCAAAGAGGUCAUCACAGGACCUAAGUCCUGUAAACCCUGGCUUGCCAGAGGUAGAUACG